UUGUUAUUAUUAUAAUCAUGUAGAACGGCUUGUGGUUUUUCGUGUUAACCGCUUGUCGCAACGUCACUUACCCCAGCCAAAGCGUCUAGCAGCGAUGUUCAUUACCGAAACGCAACAUUCAUUCCGCCGGGUCUUCUUGUUCGACAACAGUCUGGCUUUAUAACUGUCAACUCUAUACGUGCCUGCACACUGGAGAACCUGUUGAUCAACGCUUCUUGUUUGUGAUCGUUCCUGCUGAUCACAAAUAUGCCUCGAUACAAAAUGCUUCUGGAUAUAUAUUCUGCAUUUAUCCGACUUCAUGGCACACGGAAUUAUCCCUGAGGAUUUACACUGUGAUAUUAUAUGCACUGAGUUGGUACUGCUUGUAAUGUUAUCCGCUGACCAGGGCGUCAACUGACCACUACAACUGCAUAAGCAUUAUCACCUCUAUAAUCGAUCUACAACGCAGGAUCUGUAUGGGAAUUGUGUUUUGAGUGUAAUUGCUGUUGUUCUGUAUUUAUGGCCAGCCGCACCUUGAUGACAUCAAGCAGUGAGGAAUUUGUGACAUCGAAGACUUCAAACACGACUCUGCAUCCAGUCCAUCAACCUCGGUCUUUCCUCUCCAGUUUGAAUUUUUUUUCCUGCAUCGACUGUGAUAUCGUCCGCCGAAUUUGUCGACCAAUUGCACAUCAUAUUGUUGAAGUGAAGUCUCGUCUUGUUCGUACAGCUUUGGCCAGCCUUGUUAAUGCCUCAUCCCAGGAUGUGUCCGGAUUUCUAUGACGGUGCAGUGGCCGCCGCACUGAUCGAAGCUGAAGAAGCCGGUAUUGGUUCGGAUAGUAGUACGAGCGGAUCCGUGGGUCCGGUCGAUCUGACCUCCGCCUACUGCUCACCCUUUCGCCACGUCUGGCCGCGUGGCCUUAUUCCUGGUGCAGCGACAUCGCCGGCUGGCAUUUCCCGUCGGGACUCGUAUGCGGCUGCAGUUCAUGCGCAGGCUGAUUCUGGCACACUCGUCGAUCCGAAUGCCGCCUGGCGCAAACCAUUAGCCAGUCAGAAACACGGCACAAAAUUCUCUGGAAUGCCCAGAGUGGUGGAAAACCAAAGAGAUAAGUUUGAGAAUGAUCCGUUACUGCGGCGGCUGAAUCGGGAAGUAGAGGUCAGGUACGCCGGAGUCCCCUUUGAGCGGCCGAUUGAGCAGCGUCGACAGGCCUUCGAACGGGACGUGGAACGAGGAUCUCUCCUUGUGAGCGUAGUUUCCUCUGGAAUACAUUUUGUAUUGGCAUUCCAUACAACUCGCGACGUUCCAGAAGCUGGCUCAAGCCAUGAUAUGCAGCGCGAUCUCUCUCUCGCGGAAAUCCGCAACAAUCAGCUACUACUUCGUGCCCGAAUGAUCCUUAAUGGAGUGUGCGUGAUUUGGACCGGUCAUAUUGAUAUGCAAACUCUGGAUGGCCUCGGGCGAAUCGAAUUUGACACUGCGACAGCCGAGACGGAAUCCCUUAGGCUACCUCGGGCGCUGUAGUGGAGAAAUUAUACAUAUCAACAAGUUUUAUUUCUUUUGGAUGUGAUACAGUUACGGUGGAGAGCGGAAGCAGUCUUUGUGCCCUCGUUACUUACUUCGCAAUGGACCCUUCACGUGGUUUCACGCUCUCGAAACGGGUUACAGUUGACUUUUCUGUACGCGGGACAGCACACGCAUUUACGAAAACUAAAGUACUUCGCAUAUAUAUUAAUAAGGAAUUACUUAUCGAUGUGAGUAACAAUGCUUUAUAGUCAAUUGCACUGUCGAUACAUGCACUGUUACUGGAUACAUCAGAAUAAUUAUACGAGCUCGUGUACAAUGAGUUUACUUUAUUCUACAAAGCCAGACUGUUAUACCAUGCAUACGCAAAAUGUUGAUGGUUCAUGUGCUGAAUCUGUCAAUGUCAAUAAUUUGCUGCUUAACUGUCACAGUUUUUUCGGGCAUUCCUACCUGGAGCUGGCAUCAGCUACUGAGGCUCACGUUGUACGUUGCUAGUAAAGAUGGCGGGAA